AUGCAACUUUUAGCAUUAGCUUUAGUCGUAUUGGCUGUUGUGUCAGCAAAUGCUUUCACACAAGCUCAAAUUAAAUUUCAAGACGAAACGUUACAACAUCAUAAUAAAUUACGAACUCGUAAUUGUGUUUCACCUCUUCAACUUGAUAAUAAUCUUAGUCUAACAGCACAAAACUAUGCUGAAUAUCUUGCUUCUAGAAAUCUUUUUCAACAUUCAAAUAAUGGUUAUGGAGAAAAUCUUUAUAUGAUGAGUGGUUCAGCACCAUUGGGAAGUCUACAUGGAAAUGCAGCAACUCAAUCAUGGUAUGAUGAAAUUAAUAUGUAUAAUUUUAAUCAACCAGGUUUUUCAAUGCAAACUGGUCAUUUUACACAAGUUGUAUGGAAAAGUAGUCAAAAACUUGGUGUUGGUAUUGCUUUUGGUAAUGGUGGACGUACGGCUGUUGUUGUUACUAAUUAUUAUCCACCGGGAAAUUAUAUGGGAGAAUUUCAACAAAAUGUAAUGCGUGCUCAAUGCUAA